AUGGAUUCGACGUCGCGCAGUUUCUAUCCCUACACCCCAAGUCACCGUCGCUUGCUCCUUACUCCUUCCGCCCGGUACGAAAAGCAAGACCUCAAAGCACACUCGGGCGCUGAUCACGACGACGGCUCGUCCACUGGUACCCAGCAUACCGGGAUAAAGUCCUCACUCCCUCCGGAGUCGUCCUCGUCGAACUCUCUCCGCGCCGCUCGCUCCUCUUCGAACUCGUUCACUCCUCCUCACUCUACCCUAUCGACCUUCCUCGCAAACGCCGCGCGUACGGGGCUCUCACCCUCGUCCACCGUCUACACAGGCACAGUCUACGAGUACCUCGCCGUCAGCACACUGCGAGGCUAUGGGUUCCAUCUGCACCGCGUAGGGGGUCGAGGCGACCGCGGCGUCGACCUGAUAGGACACUGGCAGGUUCCCCUCCUCUCGCCGACAACAGGGACCUGGAAAGAACACACAACUCCCGACGGCAGCGUGGUCACCGCCACCGAUACGUUUCGUGUGUUGGUACAGUGUAAACGACUCGUCGGGAAACACGCAAGGAUCGGGCCAAACCUCAUCCGCGAACUCGAUGGUGCAGUGCGAGGAGCGAGACUUGCCCCGUUGUUCGAAAGUAUCUUUCCGCAUGGUGGAGCGGAACCGGCAGCUGCAGCAGCAGCAGGAGGAGGAGGAGGAGACAACGAUGCUACGGCGACGGCUCAAGUGUCAUCAAAUACGCCUGCCAUUGGGAUCUUGGUCGGCACGAGAGCAGCGACAAAGGGCGUGAUAGAGAGCAUGAGACGGUCGAAUAGGGCGUUGGGAUGGAUUAUGAUGGAGGAGGAGAGAGAAGAUGUAGCACAAGCACUGCCGGUUGACGAUCUCGCUGAUUCAUUACCGUCCUCAUCUUCAUCGCCCGUUGUGGAUGCUGCAGAAGACACCCCGGAUCCAAACAGUACAUCACUCAACGACAGCCUCAACCGCGCGCGAGGGGUGUCGUGGCAGGGCGCGGAAGAUCCGCAAUUCAAACCCUCCAAGGUCUCCGAUACAAAUGCCGAUGGCGAUAGGUAUAGCGAUAGCGGUACCAACGAAGCGAUCGGAGAGGACUCGACGUCUAUGAUAUCCGCGGAGACGAGCACCUCUACAAAAGACAGCAAUGACCUUGCGCACCCCGUCAAGCUCCGCGGCAGGAUUCGUCAGAUUCUGUGGAACCAGGCGGCGCGCAACCUGGGUCUCGAGGACGUGUCGGUGGUUCCUCGCUACGACUCUUCAGGGCGGGAAGAAGUGGUGCUCAUGCGCGGGGGGCGAGUCUGGGGCGGCCUCGUACCAUAA